AUGAGUGAAAACGCCGCAUAUAAAGAUUGGGAAGCCGUGAAUGGAGUCAAGGUCUAUCCCGAGGACGAGCUUCUUUCUUUUAAUGAAGAGGAGCACAACAAGUUUCUUGGAGAGAAGCCGUGGAAGAAAGAUCCGUAUUACUUCAAGCGUUGUUUAAUCAGUGCAGUAGCUUUGUUAAAGAUAGUGAUGCAUGCGAAACAAGGUGAGCCAUUAGAGAUUAUGGGUAUCUUAAAAGGACAAACAAAGGGUGAUGCGUUCAUCAUAACCGACGUCAUUAGUCUUCCCGUUGAAGGGACUGAGACACGAGUGAAUGCGUCGGAGUCUUGUGAUAGUUACUUAUUGGAGUACAGAGACUUCACAGAACAAAUUGGGUUCAAAGAACCAUUGUGUGGGUGGUAUCACUCCCAUCCAAGUUAUAAGUGUUGGUUGUCUGCCAUCGACGUGAAGACAGAACAACUCCAUCAAACAUUUCAAGACCCUUGGGUCGCUAUAGUCAUCGACCCCGUCACUACUUCGACCAACGACAAAAUCGAAAUCGGAAGUUUCAGAGCCUUCCCAACUGGUUUUAAGCCAACGCAAACUGCAGAAGCCAAAAAAGUUCUUCCGCGGGAUAAAUUGAAAGACUUUGGAUCAUGUUAUGACCAGUAUUACACUAUGAAGACCGAAAUCUUUAAAACAAAAUUGGACGACAACGUCUUAAGACUGUUGUGGCAUGAGUACUGGAUCAACUCCUUGUCGGCUACUGCUAUCAUCUCAUCCCGAGAUAUGGUCGACGAGAAGGUCAUCGACUUGUUCGAGAAGUUCCAAGAAGAGAGACAAGGAAAAUCCGUCGGGGAUGCCUGUGGCGCUAUAUUAGAUGAUGCAAAAGAAAUUCAGUUGAUUAAUGAACGUGGCGUCAAGUCCUUGGAACUGAAGAACAUCCUUUUCAACCAGAAAAUGAAAUAA